GAGUCCACGCAAACACUCACUCCUCCCACUCCAGGAACUCGGUUCGACCGGUCCUGCAGACCUGCGACGCCUCCUUCCUCUUCCCUUCUUCUUUUUUUUUUGCUCCGGUGUGUACUUGUGACUUCCAGACGUAUCUGUUGGUCCUGGUAUCUGAAGCAUGUUUCUCACGCUCUCUGAGGUCUAUAAGAGGCGUGAGGCGGCGGGUCGGCUGCAGACGGACCGGAGGACUCACCAUGGCUCAGAAGACGGCUCUGAUCGUGUUCGCCCACCAGAGUCCAGCUUCUUUCAACGCCGCCGUCCUGGACGUGUCUGUUCAGGAGUUGACCCAGCAGGGCUACAGGGUCAUCGUGUCCGACCUUUACGCCACGAACUUCAGAGCCAACGCCACCAGAGACGACAUCAUCGGGGACCUGAGGAACCCGGAUCUGUUCCAGUAUGGAGAGGAGACCAUGUGGGCCUGGAAGGAGAGACGCCUCAGCUCUGACAUCAUGGAGGAGCAGAGGAAAGUGGAGGAGGCGGAGCUAGUCAUCUUCCAGUUUCCUUUGUACUGGUUCAGUGUUCCUGCCGUCAUGAAGGGCUGGAUGGACCGAGUCCUCACACAAGGCUUCGCUUUCUCCCUGGAGAAGAUGUACAACAACGGCAUCUUCAAGGAUAAGAAAGCCAUGUUGUCUUUCACCACUGGAGCAACACAGACGAUGUUUCAGGCCGACGGCAUCAAUGGAGACAUCAACGUCACUCUGUGGCCUCUGCAGAACGGCACGCUGCAUUUCUGUGGUUUCCAGGUUCUGGCUCCUCAGAUCUUCUGGAGUCCGGCUCACUGUCCGGCCGCCGGUCGAGCCGCGAUGCUCGAGGCUUGGCGAGCUCGGCUCAAAGGCCUGCAGGAAGAGAAGCCUUUGACCUUUGCCCCCUGCGAGCUCUUCGACCUCAGCUUUGCCGGGGGGUUCCUGCUGAGGCCCGAGGUGAAGAAGGAGAAAGAGCUGCAGCCGUUUGGCAUCACCACGGGACAUCACCUCGGGAAACCGCUGCCGCCCGACAACCAGACCAGAGCCUCGCAGGACCAAGAGCCAGGCUGCAGCUCCAACCUCUGACAUGUGAGACGCACAUGUUCCUCUUUUACUGAAGCUGAAAUAAAAAAAUAAAACCCUCCUGAAAACAAUAAACUAGUAGUUUUCUACUUCCUACAGAUUUUAAAGUUAACUCCAAAUCAAAUCUACCCUCGAUAGCCCACAAUAUUUAAUCAUAGAGGGUCUGAAUAGUUUCUGAGUGGAGCUGGAAGGAUGUUUCACUUUGUGGUCAUGAAGAAAAACAUCUGUAAAAAAUAAAGUUCUUUCAACCAGA